UUUCAACAGUGUCACUAGAAAACAUAUGGACAAGUAUUCACACCCCCAAUGUAGGUAAAACCUGUGAUACUAAGCCCAGGCAAACAUCUUUAGGGGUAUCCUUAUGACUACAGAUUCCAAUCCCACAAUGCACUGCUACUACCUCUAUUUCCUCUCUCUUGCAGCUUCAACACAUGAAAUGUCAACAAGCCAUAGGACCCCAACAUUUUCAUCCAUCUCGCCCUCUUCUACUUUGAGGACCACGGAAUCAACUCAGACUGCAACCACUCCAAUGCCAAAAACCACAACAGAAACCUCUCCUGUUACUCCACCCACCUCAAGCUCCACAAAACCAACACCAAGUAGUACACCCAUCUCGACAACCAUAUCCUCCACGAGCCCGAUCACACUGACCUCCUCUACGACCCGCACAUCUCUCCCACCCACUUCCAAAGUUAUUUCAACAAUAAUUCCCAUUUCCCCCAGUAGCCACGCCAUCCCGCCUACAACUAUCACUCCCACCACCUCAAUGCCCAGCAGCCCUACUGGGUCCACCCAACCUACAAGCACCCGAACCACUAGUAUGCAGCCUCCCACAACCUCAAUGGCGACAGCAAUAAAGAGUACCAGUGGUAAGUUGAAAUGUUUGGUUUGGCAACUCUGUCAACUCUACUGCUCUGAUGUGGCCCUUCGGACCUCACAAAUGCUCUGCCUCCAGCCUAGCCACGUCAUCCCGCCUACAACUAUCACUCCCACCACCUCAAUGCCCAGCAGCCCUACUGGGUCCACCCAACCUACAAGCACCCGAACCACUAGUAUGCAGCCUCCCACAACCUCAAUGGCGACAGCAAUAAAGAGUACCAGUGGCAUAUGUAGUACUAUUGAAUAUGAAGAACAAGUGUUUUAUAAGGGUUGUGUUUCAAAUGUUACUUUAACCCGCUGUGAAGGCGCGUGUCCAUCAUCAACAAGUUUUCUUAUUCACAGGCAGAAGAAUGCAAGGAUAGAAAAACUAUGCAAGUGUUGCACGCCAACAACUUCCUACAAGAAGGAAAUAGAGAUGCCAUGCCCCAAUCCAGAUAACCCGAAUGAACCACUUUCUAUAUAUAUCCUUAUAUUUGGUGAAUGUGUAUGCAAUGUAGAGGAAUGUGUGCACUAGCCAAAUUCACUAGAAGCAAUAUUUAAAAUAAACCAUCAGUUGCUAUUUACAUUGUACCUAAAGUCUCAAGUUGAGUCCCUUUGUUUACAUUAAUUUGUCCAAACACUGAAAAGGCAGCUACUCUUUUAAGAGCAGGGCUGAUAACAAAUUAUGUUAAUUUACUCCUUAUUUGGGAGAUAGGAAAAUGAAAUGAAUUUUUGCCUUAUUUAUAAGGCUUUCAUCAAAUUAAUGUCUACCUGUGUAGAAUAAUUGACUGUUUUAAUAAAGAUAUUAGCUGGUUUUUUAGUUCCAAUGGUGAAUAACUAAAAGAUAUUAUACCUUCCUAAUCCUAUAAUCUAAUGGAAAAUUCAUUCUUCAAAUGCCCAUUUUUGUGUUGUCAAAAUGGAACCUUUCGUGAUGCAGAGCAUCAUAUCGACAGAGAAGACUUACAGAAGUAAUUGAACCUUUGUAAUUGAAGAAACACCUUCCUUCUCUUCUUUCAAGGUUAAUCAAGAUCUGUAUUAUGUUAUAUCAAGAUAAUUUGUAAAAUAAAAAAAAAUGCAUCUUUGCCACUGGAUGAGGCUGGAAUUAAUGACAGGUAAAAGCAGAGAAUAAAGACAGCGUAUUUUUCUUACUUCUCCCUACCUGGUAAGCUACCGAAGAGGGCCAUUUGGGUAGAUUAAAUAUAUGGUAAAACUUGAGAUAGAAAUUUUGGUCUGUAUUCCUCUAAAACACGGGAUCAAACUCACCACAUCGCUUGACAUUUCGUGAUGUUUUUCCCAUUUGUGGAGCAUGACGCAUCCAGGCUGCAGACCGCCAGUUUGACACCCUUGCUCUAAAAAAUGAAUUCCAAGUCAGGAUCAAUUUCCAAGAAGAAUUAACAGGUAGUCCUUAGUUAGCAAUCAUUUGCAAUUAAGACAGUGAUGAAAGCAAAGAUAGUAUCAAUUGUAAUAGCAACUUGAGUGCAAUCCCAAAAUGUCUCAAGAAGCACCAUUGGCAUUGAAAAAAUCACCAUCAGUCAAUUGCAAAAGGCAGCUUUACUUACAACAGUUUACAUCUUGCGAUGAUACUUUUAACACCAUCAAAUACCACCUGCGUUUGCCAAAUUCUUGGGAAGGACUCAAUAGUUAGAUAAAAAUGUCAAAUCCAGUCUAAACAUCUGUGUGAUCAAUCAUAACAAUAAUGAUAUACACCACACUGAUCUAUUACAACAUCCUAAGUUCUUGGGGAAAACUCAGUGGCUAUAAAGACCAACUCCAGCUAAACAACAGGCAGCUGUGAUUUCGCAGUGGUGUGAAGAGAGAUUUCUUUAAAAAAAAUAGACACAUUGAAAGUUCUUAAAACUGAGAAUGAGGAAACAUAAUUUUAGUCUUCUAGCCAUUUAUUUUUUUUCUGCUAAAGGUAACAUGAUUAGAGUUACGUAUUUUCAGAUUCAUACACUUAUAAUGAAAGUUGACCAUAUAAGCUGGAAAUUCACUUUUCAUAUACUGAAAUGGUUAUACAUAGAUACCGGAGUGUAGACCUAAGUUUACAGCAUUUCAUCUUCCAGUUGAGGAAUCUUUCACAAGUCAAUAACAAAUACUGCACUUGGAUUACUAAUACUGUUUUAGCCACAAAAAGUAUUAUUUCUGGUUGAUAAAGAGGAUAUAUAACUUUGGUAAUCAAGUAACUUAUCCCAAUAGAGAAAUUGUAUAUACCUGUACUUCAAUUCUCUGUUCCCCAUUAGGGAAACAAAAACCACAUGAAUAGCUGAUUUGGAAUUUUCAUCUUUUUAUGGAUAAAUCACAUUUGCUCACAACUGCACAGGGAAGACCACCAGUGCUUUGCAUGGUAUUAUUAAAUAAAUGCAAUCACAGUGCCUUCAAAACUGCCCUUUUAAAAGUUAAAUGGCAGAUCUUCUCAAUAUGUUAUAUGACAAGCUUCUAAUUAUCCCUUGUUUUAAUGGCUUCCAGUUCCAUGUGAAAAAUGAGGACACAUUAACCUGUUCAUUGUGAUCAUUACUCUUUGAAUUUCUCCAGUAAGAGAAGAAUAUUGGAAGUUAUCCUAGUUUUAUUACAUAGUCAAAUUAAUGCCAUUUCAUUUAUUAAAAUGUGCUAAUUCAGUGGAACCCAACCAAUCUACCUUAAGAAGUUUGCAAAAAACUAGUAAUUCAGUACUCAAAUUAGAGGAAUCUGGAUAAUAGUUUUGUCUGGUUUAGACAUGCAAUUUUAUCUUUAAAAAAGAAGCUGAUUAAACUCCCAAGGACAUUUAUUGCAAUAUAGAUACCAUUGCUUAUUUUUUCUUGCUUUAUUGAGUGACUGUGCAUUUUAGAAUCAUUUCAGGGAAGUGUGAUUGAAACUUAUUUCUACUUGUUGAAAAGGAUGCCAGGUUGAAUUUCUAUAAUAUAUUACAAAUGCAUAUCUCACGCAAAGUAGACCAUAUCAUUGCUAGACUUUUUGAAAAUAGUGCACCCAACU